AUGUUUUUAGUAGCAUUAUUUGUAGCCAAAUUGAAAGAUGCUAAAGAGAAAUAUAGAAAUCACAUCACUUAUCAUGUUUAUGAAAAAUCUUUGACAGGAAGUUCAGUAAGCAUUGAACGAGAAGGAGCUCUGAGUACUCAUGAAAAUUCAACACUGCAAAAUAGGAGAACAAAUCAGACAAAAUCACAAACAGAUAUUGAAGAAAAUCAAAAGAGACAGCUGGCUAAUGCAGAGAAAAAAGAAGAAGAAAGAUGGAGUAACUUGUCCCCAACUAUUAUAAAGGAAAUUAGAAGAAAUCUGAAUUCUGGCAUACAAAAAUUAGAAGAUUUUCUCCGAACAUGCACUGUUAAAUCUGUAAGGCUUAUUGCAGAGAUGGCAGGAUUGCACACCUGUUUCGAAUUAUGGAUAGAAAACUGUUCAAAACAAGAAGCACAAUCCAAAGAUAUAAACAUCAUGAUAAACUUGAUGAAAAGGAUUCACAUAAUCCAUGAAAAGUAUUCAGAACAAUUACAAAAUGCUCAUCGACAAAAGUUAUUCAAAUAUUUAGAAUGUAUUGGAUUUGGCAAAUUGGCAUACUCAUGUCUUCAGGUGGAGGAGUCUGGUACCAAAAAGGACAUUUCUAAAUAUUCAGUUGACAUGGGACCAGCUCGAUUUCAGUUAACACACAUGGGCCCAUUCUUAUUUCGAGAAGAAAGAAGUGAUCCAGACCCCAGAGUGCAUCAUUUUAUACCAGACACAUGGCAGAGGGAGCUCCUUGAUGUGGUGGAUAAUAACGAAUCUGCUGUGAUCGUUGCUCCAACGUCAUCUGGGAAGACAUAUGCUUCUUACUACUGCAUGGAGAAAAUUCUGAGAGAAAGCAAUGAUGGAGUAGUUGUUUAUGUUGCUCCAACAAAGGCUCUCGUUAACCAAGUGGUGAAAACUGUUGAUGAGUUAUUUACUGAAGUAAAGCCCUAUGGAGAAACAUUGUGUGGAGUUUUUACAAGAGAUUACUGUAAUGAACACUCAAAUUAUCAGAUACUGGUGACAGUGCCUCAGUGUUUGGAAAUACUCUUGUUAUCUCCUCACAAUCAAGAGUGGGUCAAAAAGAUGAAAUAUGUUAUUUUUGAUGAGGUUCAUUGUCUUGGAGGAGAUGUUGGAGCAGAAGUUUGGGAACAUCUUCUUGUCAUGAUUCGGUGUCCCUUUCUGGCACUCUCUGCUACUAUUAGUAAUCCUGACCAUCUCACUCAGUGGUUGGUGUUAACUAAACGAUACUGGCAACAUGUUGAAAACACAGUGACAAAUUCUGAACCAUCACAAAAUGUCUCAGAAGAUUCAAAGAAACAAGCAAAUAAAGGAACCAACAAAUCAUCAUACAAUGUUAGACUGGUAUGGCACAAAGAGCGAUUCAAUGAUGUUGAGAAGUUUGUGUGUUCCCUAAAGGAUGAUGAAUUCAUCAUUGAACAUUAUCACCCAUGUGCUGCACUUACUGUCAGUCAUAUAAAGAAGUGUGGAAUCCCUGCAGACCUUGGACUUUCCCCUAAAGAAAGUGUACUGCUUUAUGAUGCCAUGGUACACAUUUGGCCAGAAUGGCCAAGAAUGCAGGAAUUGGACCCAGAAGAAUUCAGCUGCUUCAAAAAUAAAUUAGUCAUCAAAAAGGCUGAUGUGAAGAAAUAUGAAGAGGAACUUAAAAAGGAGAUGAUUUGGUGGGUUGAGCAGGACCCAAGCAAGAUGGAGCAGUUACUGAACUUUCUUAAACCUCAAACAUUUGACUGUGCAGAAAGCACAAAGCAAGAAAUGUUUCCACAUUUUGUGGACAAACUGAAAACAAUGGACAGACUGCCUGCAAUAUUUUUUAUAUUUAACAUUUAUGGUGUGGAAGCAUCAGCUUUAAGAGUUUUUCGCAAUUUGAAAGAAAGAGAAAAUACUCAAAAUGAUUCAAUGUCUAAAAAACAAAAAGGACUGAACCUGGAUGCUUUGAAAGUGAAGAGGUGUCAAAGGAAAAAUGCUUCUUCUUCUGAUUUAGAUACAUCUGCUAAGCAUCAAGGAAUUAUUAUAUCGAAGGCUGAAAUGAAGGAAAUAGAUAAGUAUUGUGAUGAGCAUACUGAAAUUUCUCCAGACUGCAGUUAUGCCAAUGAUACAGCUGUGGAUGAUGAGACUUUAACGGAGACCUUCAAUAGACUGAUGGAAACAAGACAAGGCUACAAGCUGCACGAUUUGUUACAGAGGGGCAUUGGAUUUCAUCAUGGUUCAAUGGAACACACAGAGCGAGAAGUUGUCGAGUUGCUUUUUAGACAGAAUUAUGUUAAGGUGGUAAUAGCUACUUCAACUCUUGCAUUGGGGAUUAAUAUGCCAUGUAAAUCUGUCGUUUUCACUGAAGACUCUAUGUAUUUGGAUGGCUUGAACUUUCGUCAGAUGACUGGUCGGGCAGGAAGACGUGGAGAAGAUCUUGUAGGCAAUGUCUUCUUCUAUGGUGUGCCUUUACCUAAGAUAGAAAGACUCUUAAGAUCUGAUGUCCCCAAACUGAAAGGUCAAUUUCCUUUAAGCAUAACAUUCAUUCUCAGACUCAUGCUGCUAGCUGCCAAAGCAGAUGACCAAGAGGAUGCCAAAGCAAAGGCAAUAUCAGCUCUCGAACAUUCAUUGAUUUCCUUCAAGAAACCAAAGAUCAAGCGUAUCAUCAAAUUAUAUUUCAUAUAUGCUUUGCAAUUUUUGAUCACAGAGGGUCACCUGAAUCAAGAAUGUAUCCCCAUUGGAUUUUCUGGACUUGUGACUCAUUUACACUACCAUGAGCCAGCAAAUUUUGUUUUUAUAAGAUUAUUCAUAGAUGGUUUAUUUCACAAGUUGUGUGUUCCAGAAAGCAGACAUGGGCCAAAGAGGUUUUCUAGGGCUGUGAUGGAACAGUUACUGAUAGUGUUGGCUAAUAUUUUUGGAAGAAAAUAUCUACAUCCCUCUGUGGAAGACAAUAAAAACAAGUUUUUUGAAUCAGAGGUGAUUCUACGUGAUCUUCCCUGGAACUGUGUUAAAAUGAUAAAGGAUUACAACAAAAGAACCCAAAAUAAUUUUGCUUCCUUCCUUUUAAUGAUUUCUAAGUUGGUUGACUUGAGAAAAGAAUACCAACUGCCUCUCUCAGAAAUUGACUUUUCAGGAGAAGAAUGUCAAGAUUCUGAGCUGGUCUCUCAUCUGAUGCCUGGGACUGAAAGCAGAACUGCUGUUUCCCCAUUUGCAUGCUUGUCCAACAUAACUGACCAGGAUUUAUUUGAUAUCGAUAUACUAAAUGAUGUUAUGUUACGAACAAUUAAUAUCGAUGUAAGAAACAUUCCUUUAUUUCGCUUGAAUAAAUAUGAUUGUACUGGAAGAAAAUAUCCAUUGAACGCAUACCUUCUGGACUUCUAUAGACAUGGUUCACUGUUUUCAUUGACUCGGAGUAAUCGCUUACAUAUGGGAGAUGCCUUUGAUUCAAUCAGAGACUUUAUGCUUGUUCUUAAGUCCAUCAGGGUGUACCUAGAAGAAUUAUGCCAAAAAGAUGACAAUGUUGUGGCAGCAUUUAAACAACUAAGUGAAACGUUCAGGAAACAACUCUGGUGAAAGGAAAAUAUCAACAGUGUUGAACAUUACCUCAGUCCUGUGUUCCUCAAAAACAGCUGGUCAAGAUAUACACCUACCUUUUUGUGUUUCAGGAAGUGGCUUAUACAAAGAAUGCUUUAUAUGUGACUUAGUUAAGGCUUGAAGAUAUUGCCCUUGUCUACAAAUGAAAAUGCUCUACGUUCCCUCCAAAUUCUUUAUUCUAAAUAGUUAUCUGCUUUGAUUCCCCUUCCUCUCCAAUCUGGAUAAAAUACCUGGUAACAUGACAUGACCAAACUUAAGUCUUCUCCAUUACCUACAAAUCCCUAACAUCUGAGGUUCCUGCAGAAAAUUGCUUGGAGGCAUCCCCGAUCCUCCAAUAUCAGAUCAGCUAUGACUGAGAAUGUAAACCAAAAACAUUUCAUAUGGAUUGUACAGUAUGCCAGACAUUCAGCCACUCCCACCUAGUUAAGUCAAAUGUCUUUCGGUUAUUGAUUGUUGCAAAUUUCAUGGUUGAA